GGCCAUCCGCGGCCUCAGCUGUCAAUCACCGGGUCCCGGGCGGUGAUUACUCGCCGACACCCGGUGAUCACUGAGUAUCUCCAACGGAGGAGCGACCUGUGUAUAAACAACACAUACCUCUCCCUUGUCAGCUCCUGCACACUGCUUUGUAUGGCUCUGAAGAGCAGAGCCAGUGAAACACACACACAGCCAACAUAGUGAAACAGCACACAGAACACAAUUAACCCUUUGAUCACCCCAGAUGUUAACCCCUUCCUGUCCAGUGCCAUUAGUACAGUGCAGUGCUUUUUAUUAGCACUGAUCACUGUAUUGGUGUCACUGGGGAUGUCAGUGAACCCAAGUCAGUUCUCCCCAGUGUCAGAAUGCCCGCCGUAGUCCUGCUAUAAGUCACUGA